UUCCCGACAAACCCACAGCUCCCGCCGUCUCCCCCGCUCCUCUGUCGCGCCGGAGCUCCUCUCCCCCGCAGCUCGGCUCCUCCGCAGCGGCUCCCCCGCAGCUCCCCGCAUCGCCGGAGCUCUCCCGCACCACGCCUCCCCCACCCCACGCCUCCCACGCAUCUUCCCUCUCCUUGUUCCCCUCCUCGUUCCCCAUGGUGAUCCCCGACGAGGAGAAGACUGAUUUUUUCUUUCGAUCUGCUCGGCGGCGGCCAUUUCCAGGUCCUCCUCGGCGCUGCGGCGCAGCUCCACCACCGCCAAAGCUCGCCGCCUCCUCCGCCGCUCUCUCCUGCUCGGCGCAGCUCCAGCUUGCCUUCCUCCCCUAGCUUCCCCCCUUCCUAGUGACCUCCGCACUCUGCUACGGCUGCUUUAGAUCCGGCGUCGGCGAGGCUAAUAUGGUGGCUGCGAGGCCAGACGGCGGGAGACGUAGCCGACGACAGCAAGCUCGACGGCGGCGGAGACGUCUUCUGUACUGCGAGCUCGACGACGGCGGUGGCGUCUUAUUGGCAGAUGCCAUGAUCGAUUUUUUCGUAAAGCUACUGGAGUUGCCAGCAAUGCAUGCAAAGCGGCAAGAGUUGGCUGCUCAGUUUUUCUUGUACUGCCAAGAUGGAAGAAAUUGGAGCUCGGGUUCUUCUUCUCACCGGCAGAAGCACAAGCAGGGGAGCUCCGGGUGGCAGCACGAGCAGGCCCGCCGGGGAAGAGCAGCAACUUGCAGCAGAAGAAGCUCGAGGUUGAGGAUGAGCUUGAGUUCCAGGCCCGCCUGGAGCUCCUGGUCCAGGCGCUCGAGACCCAGGCGCGCGCAGGUCCUGUGCGGCGCCGGCGCAGGCCCUGGGCGGCGCGAGGGAUAG